AUGAUAAGAGAAGAAUGUACUCCAAGUUCAUCAUGGUGGGAAGACGUUCAGCAUCAUCAUCAUAACGAUCAUGCAAACUCCAUUUCGACUUCGUUUUACCUUAAGAAUAGUAAUACUACCCCAAACGCAAACGUUAGCUGUGAAGAAGACAAUCUCUCAAUCUCAACCGUAAACACUUCAAAUCGUUUUGACCUAACCGCUGAAUCCUCCAAUCAUCACUCUCUCUCGGCUCGUGAUCAGCCUGCGUCCUCCUCCGAUGAGUUGCUCCGAGACCAUGUCGCUUCUCCUCAUAAUCAUCUAUGGAGUCUUGCCUACUUGCCUGGAAGAAGCUUAGGAGAUCAAAUGAUGAAUCAUAAUCAUCACCAUCAUCAAAUAACAACUUCAAGAAAUUCAUCUACAACAUCCGAAUUACCUUUUGAGCCAGCCUGCGAUAACGGUAACGGUUGGAUCUACGACACAGACCAAGUUCGGUAUGAUCAAAGUAGUGAACAAAGGCUGUCAACAAAGUUAACGGAUCUAGUAGGCAAACACUGGUCGCUUGCGCCACCUAAUAAUCCCGACAUCAACCAUAACCUUCAUCAUCACUUUGAUCAAGCAAACGACGACGUUUCCAUGUUUAGACAAGCGUUGGAAGUGAAAAAUGAGGAAGAUCUUUGUUACAAUAAUGGCUUGAGUGGUGGUGGUUCGUUGUUCCAUGAUGCUAUAGACAGUUCUAGAAGCUUUCUUGAUAUAAGGUUAAGUAGGCCAUUAACGGAUAUUAAUCCUUCGUUUAAGCCAUGCUUUAAGGCCUUAAACCUAUCAGAGUUCAACAAGAAAGAGCAUCAAGCUGCAUCACUGGCAACGGUGAGGUUGGGAACUACAAACGCCGGAAAGAAGAAAAGAACCGACGAAAUUUCUGAUGAGGUCUCCAAGAAGGCCAAGUGCAGCGGCGGCUCUACGCUUUCGCCGGAGAAGGAAUUACCGAAAGCCAAGCUUCGAGACAAGAUCACGACUCUACAGCAAAUUGUGUCUCCAUUUGGAAAGACGGAUACCGCUUCUGUGCUUCAAGAAGCCAUCACUUAUAUAAAUUUUUAUCAAGAGCAAGUAAAGCUGCUGAGCACUCCUUAUAUGAAGAACUCAUCAAUUAAUAAGGAACCAUGGGGAGGAUGGGACAGAGAUGAUCAAAACAAAAGAGGACCAAAACAUUUAGAUCUAAAGAGUAGAGGACUUUGCUUGGUUCCUAUUUCUUUCACCCCAAUUGCAUACCGCGAUAACAGUGCAACUGACUACUGGAGUCCCUCGUAUAGAGGUUCUUUGUAUCGUUGA